AUGGCUACCCCAAAUGUUUUCACCUUUGAUGCUGAGGGUCGGGCUGUCGACUUUGAGGUCUGGGUCGAUGAUCUGCAGCUUUUCCUGCAGUGCGAUAGAAAAGAUGGUCUCUCACUAUUCAAUCUCACGUCUGGCACCUCUGCUGCCCCUACUGCCGAUACUGACAGUACUGUUCGCUCACAGUGGGCCACACGCAAUGCCGCUGCCUGUCUUGCUGUGCGUAGUCACCUGCCGUCCACUGAGCGCGCGCACUUUAGUCAGUACAAGAGUGCUAAGACCUUGUACAACGCUGUAGUUGCACGCUACUCUUCCCCUGCCACUGCUGCCCUUAGUCGCCUCAUGCUGCCGUACCUGUUCCCUGACCUCGCCGCCUUUCCCACAGUCGCUGACCUCAUUACGCACCUUCGCACUAGUGACACCCGCUACCGCGCUGCACUUCCUGCUGAGUUCUGCGCCAAGAACCCCCCCCCCAUGUACAUCACCCUCUACUACAUAGUCACCCGGCUCCCUGACUCCCUUCGCUCGGUCAGAGACCACUUCCUCUCUGUUUGCCCCACCACACUCACCGUUGACCUCCUCGAGGAGCGCCUCCUGGCAGCAGAGAAGAGUAUAGUCGCUAUAGGAGCCUCUCGUGGUGACCCUCGUGCCCCCUUCUUUGAGGGGUGCUCCCCCUCCCCCCUUUUGCCCUCUGUUGCCUCUGUUGCUGCGGUCGACCUCGUUGGCACCGAGUCGGUCGGCGCUGCGUCUGCCCCUAGCGGGAGACGCCGCAACGGCAAGGGCAAGGGGGGCUCUCACCUCGUCGAGCCGCCCUAG